AAUUAGGCCUCCCUCCCCUCCCAACUCUCCUUCACAUCAUUACAGAGCUGUUUUUGCUGAUUUCAUCUUCUUCACAUGAUCCAUCAUAUUCAUAUUCGUAUUCAUAUUUCUACUUCUUUCUUUCUUUCUUUCUCCAGAUCUAUGCUCCAAGGAAUCCCACUUAAUUAAUUAGUUGAUCAUUCCCAUGGCAGAGAAGGUGACUGUGAUGGUGCUGAAGGUCGAUCUGCAGUGCCCUUGCUGCUACAAGAAGGUCAAGAAAAUCCUCUGCAAAUUCCCCCAAAUUCGAGACCAGGUGUACGAUGAGAAGAACAACACCGUCACCAUCACCGUCGUCUGCUGCGACCCCGAAAAGCUUCGAGACAAGCUCUGCUACAAAGGUUGUAAGGUCAUCAAAAGCAUCGAAAUCAAAGAGCCUCAAAAACCUAAACCCAAGGAGCCCGAGAAACCCAAGUCGCCGGAGAAACCCAAGCUGCCGGAGAAACCCAAGUCGCCGGAGAAGCCUAAGGAGCCGGAAAAGCCUAAGGAGCCGGAGAAGCCAAAGGAGCCAGAAAAGCCGAAGGAGCAGGAAAAGCCGAAGCCGGCACCGCCUGCGCUACCUCCGCCGGUGGAGCCAAAGGAAGCUCCGAAACCGCCGGCUCCCACGCCGGCGUCGCCCCCAGAACCGAAGCCGGUGCCGCCGGCUGAACCGGUGAUGCCGCCGGUGCCGGUGCCAGAUUAUCCACCGGCUUUCCCGGUUAGGACGUGCUGCGACCAAUGUUUCCACGGUUUCGGCGGUGGGCCGUGUUAUCAUGGUUACGGGCCGUACGCCGGCGCUCCGCCGCCGCCGCCGCCGUGCUACGACGGGUACUACGACUACAGAAGGGGGUGCUACGUUAGCAGAUGCGAUCAUUACUUCAGUGAAGAGAAUCCUCAUUCUUGCUACAUCAUGUAAAUUUAAUUCCUCAGAUCCAUUAUGAUCAUCCACACCAAAAAUUGGGUGAAAAAAAUUUGUUCUUUCACCAACAUGUACGACAAAUAAUAAAUACCCUACCCCAAAUUUACAAAAAAGAAGAAGAGACUUCAUUAUUGCUGUAACAUUACCAUUGGCUUCAAUAAAAUGUGGUCUCAUCAUUUUUCAAGAA